AUGCUUAGUCCUGCUAUGUUAAAAAGUUCUAUGAAAAGAUCAUCAUUUGGUGAUAAGAAUCAUUUUCUAACUUACAAUAAAAAUAUUCAACCUCAAAAUGAUAAUAAUCUUGGACAAAUAGGAAAAAGGUUAUCAGUUGUAUUUAAUGAACAAAAAUCUCUUUUAUCUUUCCCUUCAACUUCUGGUAAUUCAUUAUAUAAUAGUAGAAAAUCAUUUUCUGGUGAAGGUAAACUUUCAGAUGAAGUUGAUGCUUUUAUUGUAGCAAAAAAUACAAGAAGACGUUCAAUGCCAGUUAUUAAAACAAAAACUGAUAUGUCAUCAUCAUUACUUUUUUCAAAUUCAAUAAAUCCUGAAACAUGUGAUGAUUCAGAAUCAGAAAAAAAGCAUGAUAUAAUACUUGUAAAAGCAGAAGCUAACACAAUUUCAACAAUGAUGCCUAGAAAAUUUGAAAACCCUCAAUAUCCAUCACCUAUACGAUCAUUGCCUUCUGAUCCACGUCGAAAAUUGACAAAAUCUGGUAGUUUUGACUAUACAGGUAUGAAUACAAAAUCUUACCCUGCUUCAUUUAAACAUUUUCGUCGUGAAUCUUUAAUAGCAAUGGAAGCUGCAAAAAAUAGAAGAGAUAGUGAACAACAAGGUCCUAUUGAAGUAAAACCUCAUAAAUAUACAGAUGAUCCAACAUUAGCCUGGGAAAUGUUAAAAGAUAAACGUCCAGUUAGAAAUGUUCGACAAAUGAAACUUGAUACUCCAAUUCGUCCAGAUGCUAUGCGUUUUGUAUGCAUUGGAUGCACACACGGUGCACAUCUUAAUCCCAAAAAAAUUCCACCAGGUGAUGUAUUAAUUGUAUGUGGUGAUUUUACUAGUUGUGGUUUACCAAGAGAAGUUAAAAGUUUCGAUGAUAAUUUAUCUCAACUUAAACAUCCAUUUAAAAUUAUUGUUGCUGGUAAUCAUGAAUGUACAUUUGAUGAUAAUUUUAUGAAAAUUAAUUCAUCAAAUAUAACUGAUCCAAAAGAAGGAGCAUUAAAACAUGCUUUAAAUGCUGCUUUAUCUGCUGCAAAAAUAACAAAUCCCAAAAUUUUAUUAACCCAUUGUAUGUAUCUACAAGAUUCAUUAUUAGAAUUAUGUGGUAUUAAAAUUUAUGGUUCACCUUGGCAACCUAAAAAUGAUAAAUGGGCUUUCAAUCUCAAUCGAGGACAACCACUUUUAGACAAAUGGAAUCAAAUACCACAAGGUAUAGAUAUAUUGAUUACACAUACACCUCCUUUAGGUCAUGGUGAUUUAAUGGCAAAUGGUGUUCGUGGAGGAUGUGUUGAAUUGUUAAAUUCAGUUGUUAAACGUAUUCGACCAGCUUAUCAUGUAUUUGGACAUAUUCAUGAAGGAUAUGGAUGUACCUCUGAUGGAUAUACUAAAUUUAUUAAUUGUUCAUAUUUAAAUGACACAUCAGAUACUCGGAAUAAUCCUGUAAUCUUUGAUAUUGCUGUAUCACCAGAAGUUAAGUUAAAUAAUGUUAGGAAUGCAAAAAAGAUUAUGAAGAAGUUUAACAAAACAUAA